UGGGGAGCGCGCAUGAUUCUCUCCUACAGCAUUACAGCUGGUCAGCUCCUUUGCUCGCUCUCGCUAGUACUUCGGUUCUGAAUACAUUGCUGACCCUCGAGCAGUGAUGGCGGAUCGGGCUCUGAAACAGGACACAACACAAAAUCAGUCAACAGCAGUGUACCUUUAAAGCGCGCGCUUCCCUUCGUCCUCUGUCUAACACAUCUAGUUACGCCGUCCGGGCCUGUCUCUUUCCCUGUUUACUUUUCACUCUUCACCGUUUUGGAUAGCAUCUAUAUCUUUUCUUCCCCCCCCCGGCAGGCGGCCGAGCGACGUCCCCGGAAAAAGAGCCGUGAUUUCGGUGGCACCCUGAGGAAGCCAAGCCUAUACAUUCCCCUGUCAUUUGGACUUCUAGUGAGGACUGCUCGUCAGUCAAGCAGUGGGGCUCCGUCCCAACAGUUAUAUGAACCGAAAACACUGUGAAGGAGGUCAAAUGUCUACAACUGUUUAAAUCAGUGCUCCAAACAACAGCUGAAAAUAACAUGCAUUUUAAGUGCUUGACGACAACAUUUUAAGAGAUUUGCCCAUCCUUCUAAAUGCCAAUUGUACAAUGAAGAGGGUACAGAGUAAACAUCCAGCAGGACUGUGAAUUUUUAAAGGUGCCAGCAAUUUUCUUUUUACCCGGAUAUCUGUUGGAGAUGAACAUAAAGUCAGAUGCUGCAUACAGUGAAAAUAACAUGCUGAAAACAGCAGACCCGAUGCUACCAACAUAGGAAAGGCAGCCCCCUGAAGAACAUCUUUCUUAAGAGAAUGCUGGGUAUCUGUCGUGGCAGACGGAAGUUCCUGGUAGUUUCUCUCACUUUACUAUUUGUACCGGCGUUCACCUGGAUCUACUUGUUUGCUGGAAGUUUUGAUGAUGGAAAAUCUGUCUCUUUGUCAGCAGUUGAAUCUCAGCCACACAGUCCUCGAUACACAGCCUGGAGCCAGCGAGAACGUGAUAGUUUGGAGGUGCAUGUACGGGAGAUUGAGGAGGAAAACCGAUCUCUGCGUAAACAGCUCAGCAUUGCACAGAGGAAGGGCCCAGUACAUCAUCACAGCAAUCAUUCCAAAACAUAUUCAAUGGAAGAAGGCACUGGUGAUAGUGAGAAUGUGCGUGCUGCUGUGAUCACAGGAAAUAGUUCUGAAUGUGGUCAAAGGCCGGUUGUGGAAAAGUGUGAGACUAUACAUGUUGCCAUUGUGUGUGCGGGGUACAAUGCCAGUAGAGAUGUUGUGACACUUGUCAAAUCUGUCCUGUUUCACAGACGAAAUCCACUUCAUUUCCAUCUGAUAGCAGAUGCCAUUGCCAAGCAGAUCUUGGCAUCCCUCUUCCAAACGUGGAUGGUUCCAGCAGUAAGAAUAGACUUCUAUGACGCAGAUGAACUCAAGUCAGAAGUAUCCUGGAUCCCAAAUAAACACUAUUCUGGCAUUUAUGGACUCAUGAAGUUAGUCCUCACAAAGACUCUCCCCUCUUCUCUGGAAAGAGUAAUUGUUUUGGACACUGACAUCACCUUUGCAACUGAUAUUGCCGAGUUAUGGGCUGUCUUUCACAAGUUCAAAGGUCAGCAGGUUUUGGGUCUGGUUGAAAAUCAGAGUGACUGGUACCUUGGAAACUUGUGGAAGAACCAUCGGCCAUGGCCUGCACUUGGGCGGGGCUACAACACUGGUGUAAUUUUACUACUUCUGCAUAAACUGCGUAAGAUGAAAUGGGAGCAGAUGUGGAGAUUGACAGCUGAGCGGGAGCUAAUGAGCAUGCUAUCAACAUCAUUAGCUGAUCAGGAUAUCUUUAAUGCUGUCAUUAAGCAGAAUCCAUUUCUGGUGUAUCAACUUCCAUGUUUCUGGAAUGUCCAGCUGUCAGACCAUACACGUUCAGAGCAGUGCUACAAGGAUGUGUCAGACCUGAAGGUAAUUCACUGGAACUCUCCAAAGAAGCUGCGAGUAAAGAAUAAACAUGUGGAAUUUUUUCGCAACUUGUACCUGACAUUUCUUGAGUAUGAUGGGAACCUUCUUCGAAGGGAACUCUUUGGUUGUCCUAGUGAAGCUGAUGUGAACAGUGAGAAGCUUCAGAAGCAGCUGUCUGAACUGGAUGAAGAUGAUUUGUGCUACGAGUUUCGUCGUGAGCGCUUUACAGUUCAUCGGACUCAUCUCUACUUUCUACAUUAUGACUAUGAGCCUGCCUCUGACAACACUGAUGUUACAUUAGUGGCCCAGCUAUCCAUGGACAGACUUCAGAUGCUGGAAGCAAUAUGUAAACAUUGGGAAGGACCAAUCAGUUUAGCACUUUACCUCUCAGAUGCAGAAGCUCAACAAUUUCUCCGUUAUGCUCAGGGCUCUGAAGUGCUGAUGAGCCGUGCAAAUAUAGGUUAUCAUGUUGUAUACAAAGAGGGACAGUUCUACCCAGUAAACCUUUUGAGGAAUGUUGCAAUGAAGCAUGUGAACACGCCCUAUAUGUUCCUGUCUGAUAUUGACUUUUUGCCUAUGUAUGGACUCUAUGAAUACCUCAGGAAGUCAGUGGUACAGCUGGAUAUGGCGAACACAAAGAAAGCACUGAUAGUACCUGCAUUUGAAACCUUACGCUAUCGACUAGCAUUCCCAAAGUCUAAGGCUGAGCUGCUGUCUAUGUUAGAUGUUGGGACCCUAUUUACAUUCAGGUAUCAUGUGUGGACAAAAGGACACGGGCCGACUAAUUAUGCAAAAUGGAGGACUGCAACCACACCGUAUAGGGUUGAAUGGGAGGCUGACUUUGAACCAUAUGUAGUAGUGAGGCAACAUUGCCCUGAAUAUGAUCGAAGAUUUGUUGGGUUUGGAUGGAAUAAAGUAGCACACAUAAUGGAACUGGAUGCACAGGAGUAUGAGUUUGUUGUCCUUCCCAAUGCAUACAUGAUUCAUAUGCCUCAUGCCCCAAGCUUUGACAUCACUAAGUUUCGUUCAAACAAGCAAUAUCGCAUCUGUCUCAAGACUCUUAAAGAAGAGUUCCAGCAAGACAUGUCACGACGAUAUGGUUUUGCGGCACUAAAGUACCUUACAGCAGAAAACAACAGCUAGUAUAAGGAAAUUAUUUUGCCAAUGGAUAUAAGUAACUUUGAAUGAACAAUUUACUUUAAAUGUGGGCUGUUCUUGGAAACAAAGGGUACAGACUUCGGUGUGUAAGAAGGAGAUGCAAUUAAUUUUUACUAAGACUUGAUCCUGACCUCAGGACCCACAUUUCCAAAGGCACUGGUUAUGGAGCGCCCUCAGACUUUCGGCAUCUGUAGAGUAUAGUGCUCAGCCAACGCGCUUCGGUUUGCAGUUCUGAUUAUUGUAAAAAAAUCAGUAUUUGACAGUUCAAAAGGAUUUAUAGGCCUGCAUCACAUUUUGCAGACAUUAGUAUGAGUGUAGCUUUGGCCAGUUGAAGUUAAGUAGACGUAAAGGGCUGAUCUGGGAAAACAUCUGAAGAUUCUACUGAAAAUGUUUCUAUAAAUUACUGAGAUAAAUUAAAAAAGACUGAAAGAUAAA